CUUUUCUCUUAUCUUUCAACUCUCAUUAAUUCGCAUGAAGGAAAAUUUGCAGUUAUAGUGUAUCAGUUGACAUCAGAGCUUGAACUCCACGAAGUAGGAGUUUUAAAUUAGUUGUGAUUUAAUUACUUCGGUGCAGUGAAUAGGUUAAUUAAUUAAUUGGGUGAUUAAUUUAAGCAAUACCCCGUAUACAAGGCUUAUCAAUCGAGUGCAGCUAUAUUUCCUUCAUUUCAGUGUUGAAAUCAUAACAAAAUAUUACUUAAGAGUGUUAUUGUAUAAAAAUUUUAUCCGAAAUUCGAAGGAACUUUGUUUGUUAUUUGAUACUAAUUUUUCGAAUGUUACUUUGUUGUAUUUAUAUUUGAAUACUCGCUCAGUAGCUAUAAUUAAAAGGCUUUAUUUAACAACAAGAUCCAUUUAGUGUGUUUCGGAAUUCACUAAACAAAUACCAAGUUUUGAACAUUUUUCAUAUCUAGAAAGUUUAAACAAUCAUCAAGCAUUGAAUUCGCGUGCAAUAAAAUAAGAAAGAUAAACGACAAUGAAGGAGCCGAAUUCAAACUAACAAGAUCAAGGCCGAUGCACUAAUCCACAAUUAAUACUGAUAAAUUAAUUACCCAUUCUAAUUACGCAGUGGAAUCGAUUGUUCCUAUAACGUGAAAUGCGAGAAGAAAGCAUUUAUGAAUUUCCAUCGCUGCAAAACUCCAGUCUAUACCAACGCGGCGCUUCCACCAAUCCUUGGCUGUUUCCCAUAAAAGUCUUCAAACUCUGCAUACUAGGAAUAUUAGUACCAUGCCUCCUAAUCAGCAUACCAUUGUACCUGCGGUACCGAGUCUACAGCAAUCAAUUGUACCCACUCGCCAUGUCGGAUAUGAGAUUGAUCGAUAACAAAGUAUCGACCACUUGGUGUCAGAAACAACGCAUCAAAGUAAACGCCACAUUCAACGCAUUCCUGCUAUCUCAAAACCCGACAAUUUCCACCAAAACGAGACCCUUGACGAUGGUGCGCGAGCUGAUGCUGGAAGACGACACGAAAGAGUACUGGGGAUUCUACUUGUUGAAGGGAACUUCGGUGACGCUGUCCACUUGCGUAAGGUCGAUAUUUUCGUACAAUUCGAAAUUACCACCAACUCGUCGAUUAUUGGCGGUUUCAGAUGGCCCGGGGCAUCGCUGAUCAUGAUCAGAGGCCACAAGCACCUGCACGAGUGCGCCUACAUAGGAGACAACUCGUCGGAGGAGCUCGCCGAGCAAAUGGAGUCGAUCAAAGAGAACAUCAAUUUCGAAUCCGACGAAAAGAAAGCCGAUCAACCCGCCAAUAAUCCCUCGAACAUGAAACGGUAUAGACCCGGAGUGCACUUCCACAGCCCCUUGUACCAGAACAUCAAUCAAACCGAAAGUUUGGAAGCAAACACCGACAACACUGAAAUAACAGACAUGAAAGACAUGCGAAAGAUCCUGCAAGCUCUACGAGAACGAACCAACGCUUACAAAAGCAAGUUUUUCCAAAAACCCAACAACCACGUCCACAGGAACUCCACCAUAGCGGCUGGCGAGUCGAAGAACUUCAAAAUCGACAAGCCCAAAAACGAGACGUCCUCCGAGGAGGCGCUGUCGGACAUAUUGGACAGAUUGAGGAAAAUGGGCGAGAAGGGUUCGAGAAUUUUGGAAAAGGUGAACGAGAAAUACAACGAAGCGAAAAACAAUACCGUGCUGGACAUCAAAGCCAGGCAUUACGCCAAACCUGCGGUUGAUUUCGGCGAUGCGAUAGACCAGUUGAGGCGAAGGAAAAGGGAAUUGAUACUCCACACGGCUCUAGCCGAUAACGAAGAUGACGAAGAACACGAUAUGGCUAUCGAAGAAGGGUUCCAUCCUGAUGGUAUAGCAGACCACAGAGGUACCAUCAACGAAACCUCAUUGAACGACAUGAGCAACAGCGAGUUCUGGUCGUCAUUCUCCAGUUCCGAGGAAGCUCUACUAAACUGCGCCGGUUUAAUACUCAGCCUACCGCUAAUGCCUCACAGAAAAUGCAUCCAAGACGAGGUAAACGAAGAAAGCUACAGAGACAACAAGGUCACCUACAAAGUACCAGUCAACGGUUACUACUUCUUCGUGUUCAACAGCGAGAACGAGGUGCAGACGAACUUCGUUCGCGUGCAAUUCGACAUCGACAAGACCGUUUACAACGUGUCGAACGCCGUGGCCGAAUGCCUCAACAAAUCGGAGAGCUGCUCCAUCGAUUUGGACUUUUUCUCGUCGGAGAAACUGGUCAUGGAGCUGCCGGUGGUGCAAAACGAAUCCCUGUGGAACGAGGAGUACGUCGUGGUGUCCGAAUGCGAACCGAGAACCGCGAUUUACGCCGUUUUCGUUGUGCUCGUGCCCAUUUUGGUCGUCUUUUUCGCGUUCGUUUAAACCUUCUAUAGGUGAUGGUUUUUAAGAAUGUAAGAGGAAACUUACUCGAGACUUAUAUACAAUUUUAAUUCAUAGAAAAGGUGAUGAUGUAGCUGGUAUUUCUAGUCAGUUUUAAUAAUUAAUGAAAUAGUUUAAAUUUAAAAAUAUUUAAGUUUGUCAUGGCUGUAAAUUUAAGGUACAAAUAUUGUGAUGGUUUUAAUAUAAUGUAACUGAUGUUGAUUUUAAGAAAUAUACG